AUGAAUUCUGUUGAUAGGGAUGUUCUAAAGAAUUCUUUCUCUCCUCAAAAACACAGUUUAGUUUUUAUUAAUGAAGCUGACAAAGCUGAUAAAAAAGCUGAUGAAAUGGAUAAAGAAGCUAAUGAAGAAGUCAAUGAAGAAGUCAAUGAAGAAACCGAUAAAGAAACCGAUGAAAAAGCUGAAGCAGAAAUGGAUAAAGAAGCUAAUGAAGAAGUCAAUGAAGAAACUGAUGAAGAAGCUGAAGCGGAAAUGGAUAAAGAAGCUAAUGAAGAAGUCAAUAAAGAAACCAAUAAAGAAAACGAUGAAAAAGCUGAAGCGGAAAUGGAUAAAGAAGCUAAUAAAGAAGUCGAUGAAGAAGUCAAUGAAGAAACCGAUUAA